CGCAAGCACUCCUGCUAUCCAUGGCACAUACGGCUACUACUGAAACCGACCGCCUUCGGAGGUCGUCAGUGUCCGCGAGACUACUACAAAACCAACCGUCAAGUCUGGACAAUGACCAAGGCAUUCUCGCAAGGGAUUCCAAGCAAUUCAGCCAAAUAUAAUGGGCUGGAAGAACGUCAACACAAUUAUCGAAGGCAAGCUGUACCUUGGAAAUAUCCAGGCAGCUCGGUCGUCCCGCUCACUAAGCGAGCGUAAGAUUUCCCAUAUUAUAUCAGUAUGCAGCGAUCAGAUACCCGCGGAGGAUCCCGCUUCGGGCUUCACGCACUUGCGUAUAAACGUUGAAGACGUCGAUCACGCCGAUCUUCUCAUAGAACUCCCAAGGGCUUGUCGUUUUAUUGACAAAGCCAUUCAUAAUGGCGGGACAGUCCUCGUACAUUGUGUACAAGGUCUCUCCCGCAGUGCCGCUGUCGUAGCUGCUUAUCUGAUGUGUACACGGCGCAUUCGAUCAACUCAGGCGCUGGACAUCAUCAGACAAGCACGCGAGCAGAUUUGGCUGAACCCAGGCUUCCAAGAGCAAUUAGUACUCUUUGAAGUCUGUCAAUAUGCACCGAGUCCGUCCUGCGGCGUAUACACUAACUGGAGGCAGCAAAUUCAAAGGCGCCUGCAACCACAUUAAUGACAUCUCAUUUGUCGAGGGGAAUGCUAAAGAGUUGGGCGGACAGGAUUCGUGCAAGAAAAGUAGGCACUCAAUAGGGUGCCAAGCCGUUAAUAUCCUGCUAGUGACAUGACUCUAAACAUCCUACUAGUAAUCCUAGUCUUGUAGAACUCAGUGUAUUUUUUCUUUGUUUUGAAAUAGUUAUGCUUUCUUUUUGCUUUCUUCACUCUACAUUUUGAAGACUUUCAUGUAGUCUACCAUAUGUCAUUAAUUUCUUUCUUCAUCCCAACCGUUCAUUGCGACCUUGAUAUCCCUUUAAUCCACAAUUAGAAUAGGUAUCAAUGUUAGAUUCUCGAAU